AUGGGCAAGAAGCCACAUGUUUUAGCUCUACCUUAUCCAGCGCAAGGGCAUGUGAUUCCCCUCAUGGAACUCUCACAAUGGUUAGUCAAGCUUGGCUUCAAAGUCACAUUUGUAAACUCAGAUUUUAAUCAUAAGCGGGUUGUGAACGCAUUGUCGGCAAAGGAUGAUAUAGGGGGUCAGAUUCGUCUGGUUUCCAUUCCAGAUGGAUUAGAGGCUUGGGAGGAUAGGAAUGACCUGGGGAAGCUAACUAAAGCAAUCCUUCGUGUUAUGCCUGGCAAGCUGGAAGAGCUCAUAGAAGAGAUCAAUGGUUCGGAUGAUGAGAUCACUUGUGUUAUAGCUGAUGGGAAUUUGGGAUGGGCUAUGGGAGUUGCAGAGAAGAUGGGAAUAAAACGAGCAGCCUUCUGGCCAGCAGCAGCUGCCCUACUGGCAUUGAUAUUUAGUGUCCGAAAGCUGGUUGACGAUGGAAUCCUCACAAAUGAAGGAAUUCCUGUGAAAAACCAGAUGAUUAAAUUGUCAGAGACCAUGCCUGCCAUGAACACGGCACACUUUGCAUGGACUUGCAUUGGUGACUUGAACACCCAAAAAUUUCUUUUUGAUAUGAUUAGAAGAAACAACAAAGACAUUCUACCAGCAGAAUGGCUCGUUUGCAACUCCAUUUAUGACCUUGAGCCUGCAGCACUUAACUUAGCACCUGAGAUGCUACCUAUAGGCCCACUUCUGGCGAGCAAUCGGCUUGGCAAGUCCAUAGGGAAUUUCUGGCCAGAAGACUCAACUUGCCUGAGAUGGCUUGAUAACCAGACAGCUUGUUCGGUCAUAUAUGUUGCAUUUGGAAGCUUCACAGUCUUUGAUGAAACCCAGUUCCAGGAAUUGGCUCUGGGGCUUGAACUCACCAACAGGCCGUUCCUGUGGGUUGUGCGGCCUGAUAUCACCACCGGGAAACAUGAGGGCUACCCAGAAGGAUUUCAAGAGAGGGUAGGCACUCAUGGGCUGAUGGUGGGCUGGGCACCGCAGCAGAAGGUUCUGAGUCAUCCUUCCAUUGCUUGCUUCUUCAGCCAUUGUGGUUGGAACUCUACCAUGGAAGGUGUCAGCAAUGGGGUUCCUUUCCUGUGCUGGCCUUACUUUGCUGACCAGUUUCUAAACCAGGGGUACAUUUGUGAUGUUUGGAAGGUAGGACUGGGGUUUAACAGAGAUGAGAGGGGCAUAAUCCAGCAAGGAGAAAUUAAGAACAAGGUGAACCAAUUGCUCCUUGAUGAAAAAAUCAAAGCAAGGGCUCUGGUCCUCAAGGAAAUGGCUAUGAAUAGUGUUACAGAAGGUGGCAACUCUCACAAGAAUUUCAAGAAUUUUAUUGAAUGGAUUAAAUCAUAG